AUGGAUGUCAAAUGCCUUCUCAGCAGCGAGACAGCAGCACUCGCAUGUCCGGCCUCGUCUACGACGUCCGUCCUCAGUGCGUCCAGCAUGAGCUCGAACGAGGUGAAGCGCGGCUGGGUGGCCCCAUUUCUGUUGCACUUGCAUCAGAUGCUACGACGUGAGGAUUCCACGAUCGUUCGCUGGGCUGAGAAUGGCAUGGCGUUCCAGAUCUUGGACAAGGACGCCAUGACGUCUUUGGUGCUGCCAAAGUACUUUAAGAACAAGAACUUUUCCAGUUUCCAGCGCCAGCUCAACUACUUUGGCUUCCGCAAGUGGAGCAAAGCUCGGGCACCGUUCCCCACCUACAGUCGCGAGCACUUCACACGGGACAAUUACAAUCAGAUGUCACUGGUCAAGCGCCAGAGCAAAAAGUCUCGCAAGCGCAGAGUCGCUUCCAAUCCCAAACCGUCUGCAACCAGCGGAGCUGUACUUCCGUCAACGAAAGCGAUUGCCAGCGCCAAGGGGGGCCAGUCCAUUCUAUCGCACCUGGGUGUCGAUCCCGAGACAGUCAUCAUACCAGUGCCCCAGCUUCAGCCUCGGGUCAUGUCUCCUACGAUCGCACCUGCAUUCCUCUUCCCCGUGCUCUCCCCUACUCGCACGAUGAACAGCAGCUCCAAACUGCCAUCCAUCCGUGAGCUGUCGCUGUCGAGUGCCAUGUCGCUCGCAGGUAUUGGCCAAACCCGGCCUCGCCUUUUGGCUUGA